CUCCUGGGCCGGGUGGGGAUCAGAGAGGGACUGGUUCUCGCUGGGCGGGCACAAGCGGCGAGUCCUGAGUCUGUCCUCGGAUCCGUCCGAGGCGUCGGCGUGCGGUCGUCCCUCCGGCGCCAUGUCGUUCUGCAGCUUCUUCGGGGGAGAGAUUUUCCAGAACCACUUUGAGCCGGGUAUCUACGUGUGUGCCAAGUGUGGCUAUGAGCUCUUCUCCAGCCGCUCCAAGUACGCACACUCGUCCCCGUGGCCGACGUUCACUGAGACCAUCCAUGCUGACAGUGUGGCCAAGCGGCCAGAGCACAAUCGGCCUGGAGCCAUAAAGGUAUCCUGUGGCAGGUGUGGCAACGGGCUGGGCCAUGAGUUCCUGAACGAUGGCCCCAAGCGCGGACAGUCCCGCUUCUGAAUUUUCAGCAGCUCCUUGAAGUUCAUCCCUAAAGGCGAAGAAACCUCCGCCUCCCAGGAACAGUAGGCAGGCUGCCCAUACCCAGAUCAGGUGGACACCAUCUGAUGCCACCCACCUCAGUCGUGGAGCUGCAGACAUUCAGAGCAGGGGUGUCUGGGUUGGGAGAAGGGGUAGCUGAAACUUCAGGAAGACUACCG